ACGCGAUUUUCCCGCGUUUCUCGCUUUUGUUUGGCUUCAGCCAUAUUUGCGGCAUUUGUUGGUUGCGGGUUUUGUGGAUAUUGCUGCAGGGGAAUGACGUGGAUCUUUAUAAUGUAACGGAGCUUACGACUGCUGGAAUAUUGUGCAGUGAUCUAUAGCUCAGUUUUGUGAAACAUAAGCUUGUCUUUUCUUGAAAUCUCGCCGAGCCGCCGCGCCGCGCGAUGACGGGCGGCCAGAAGUUCUGUCUGCGCUGGGACGGCUUCAAGUCGCGGCUGUCCUCGGUGUUUGACGAACUGCGCCGGGAGGAAGAGCUGCUGGAUGUGACACUCUGCUGUGAUGGCGGACACGCCGUCAAGGCCCACCAGAUCCUGCUGUCGGCCAGCAGUCCCAGCCUCCGCCAGCUGCUCAAGUCGAACCCAUGUCAGCACCCGGUGUUCUUCCUGAAGGAGACCUCGGCGGAGGAUCUGCAUGCCAUCAUCCAGUUCAUCUACUGCGGAGAGGUGAACGUGGUCCAGAGCCAGCUAGCCAGCUUCAUCAAGACGGCAGAGAUGCUGCAGAUCCGGGGGCUCAGCGGCGACAGCGACGGAGAUGAAGAUCAGACACCGACUGCUACGGCUCCGCGGCAGAGCUCGGCGCCGCCACCACGUGAGGAUGACCAGCCCGCACCUGCCGAGCCUCGACCGAGCAAACGACGCCGCCGCCGCUCCAGUGGAACGUCCGACCUGUCCGCGACCUAUGACGCAUCCUCGAGCGCGUCCGCCCCCGCAUCCGUGACCGCAUCCUCCAAGACCGCCGCCGGCGUCCCUGCUGCCGCCUCCGCCGCUGCCACCGCCUCCAAGUCUGCUAUUCCGUCAACUAGCGUCAGCACAGAUAACAGAGCGGUCGCAAAUGUCCCGAAAGCCGCAUCCGCCUCGGUGAUCGCUGCUGAUGUGAACGUUGUCAGCCUGGAUGAUAUAAAGACUGAGCAGGUGGAUCUCUCAGAUGACGAAGGGCGCUCUAUGGAUGACCCGCUGGGCUUCUUCUCGAGCUUUGAGGGACACGUCGAUGCCAGCAGUGCCGCCGGCCCGUCGUCUCGCGACUCGCAUGGAGGACCGUCCACAGCUGCAGGACCGUCAGGACAGGCUGGAGCGACGGCAGCGGGUGAACCAACUGCGCAAGGCCGAGCUGGAGAGGUCUGGACUGCCCGUCGAGAUGCGACCAACCGUCCACCUGGGCGAGGUUGGAGGCUAAGUCACAGAGGAAGACCACGACGUGUGCCCUACUCUGGAGCACCUGCUGAACUGGACAGGACCAUCUUUCCCGGUUUCAUACGGGAAAAGCUGGAGAACCAGAUGCCUCUGGAGCGAUCCGACUGGAGAGCCCUUACAAAUGCCAUCUACGAGCACUUCAGGGACGUCCAUGUGAGUGGGUCCUGUGGAUGGUACAACAAAAUGGGCCUGUCGCUGGUCUUCCAGUUCCCGUACCUUGCCGAAGGCAAGGACGUUCAGCACUUCGUUAAUGUUGUAAGAAUGAGGCUAUUAAACAAGUUCAGAAACGGUCGCCGCAAGCUACGCAACGACUUGGUCGCCUUCAGCGGGGGCCCUGUUCUCACCUGUACUGGACAACAGGAACUCGUGGAGUACACCAACAGCUUGGAGUACCCGGAGCUCAGCUUCAGCGGUUGGGAUGUCAACGGACAGCAGGAGCCGGGUGGACAGACUGAGGCUCUUCCUUCCAACACUGAGCCGGAGUCGAGCGUUUGUGAACAAGCAACGCACACUGAUGAUGUACCGAAGGUGGACAGUCAUGCGAUGGGUUCCUCAGAUACGCCGAAGCAGGAGAGUGCUGAGGUACAUACUACAUAGUGUACCGUCGCUUAGAUGAGAGUUUGUGCCGCGAAGAAGGUUCUGAAGAACGGUGACGCUGCGGUGGAAAAGGAUACCGAUUUCUUUGUUGAACACUCAGACAAGGUUUUGUUGUUUAAGUCCUUGAGAACAUUACGAGAGGCAACUUGUUUGACCAGAAGCACGUGAUCGGUAUGAUUUUACCAUAAGCUUUUUGCGUUACAAACAAUCAGAGUUGAGUUAUUCUUAGUAGGGAAUGCGUUUUGUCACGAUGCGCGUUUGAAGGUUGUGUUCUGUUUCAUACUACUAUGGUUUGGCUACAAAAGUGGCAUUUCCUCCGAAGCCGAUGUUUUAUUUUUAACUAGUGGUGUCAAUUUCAGAAAACGUAUGUCCAAAGUCCGUCCAAUGUCCAAUGCUUACGUCGAUUGUCCGUCCAAAAAUGUCCAAGCCAGCCAUUUGUCCAAAGAUGUCCGACACCUAUGCAGUAGUUUACACUCAACACUGUUAUUUAAUUUGCUUUUCAUGUACCGUUACAAGCUCAAAAGUGUUAAUCAUAUCGAAAGCUGAGCUUUCUAAUAGCCAAUCAAUGUUAAACACGACUACUUUUUAAAAAUGUUGAGGUGCAGCAAGCGAUUGUCCAAAGUUGUCCAAAGCCUGCUGCCAUUGUCCAACCGAAUUCCGAAUUGGACAUUGGACAAAAUCGGAAUUCCGAAGAUUCAAGUUCCGAUUGACACCACUAUUUUUAACUAUGCAUUGUUGCGCAUUUUCUAGUUGCUUAUCUUGUGAACAGUUUUGUAGGAGCCAAGAACUUAGUUAUGUCGAUUUUUGAUGUUUGCUUUUGUGCUCACUUCUCCGGCUGUUUAUGAGUUUGAUGAUUCAUUUGCGCUGUAUAGAUAUGCUGCUUGCAGUUAUUUGUUUGCAUAGAGGUAGCUGUAGCAAAGACUCGAACCGGGAUCACUUACCAACAAUGACUCUCAACGUAGUGUUACAGACAGACUGACUUAAACCUGGUGAGAUCAGUUUCAUGCCAACAUUUGCUCGGCCCAGCCAAACUUACGCCUCUUCACCUCACUAGAAUCAAGCUAGGCUCUAACUUGUAAGGUUUCAACCACGCUUAGGUAUUUCAAAUGUCACGUUUUUGCAUCAUGAUUUGCGCAGUGUGUUCAUAUUACCAGUUUUAUCGUGAUUUGCAAGGAUCUGAAUGAGUGAAUAGUACCAUGUUCAUACCUGAAUACCUAAGGAAGAACAAAUCGUUGUAGCAAAUAUAUUCCAAAGAGUGCAUCCA